GGCAUCAGUAUCUGUAUAAUUAUUAUAUCGGAGAGAACUUCAGUUCUUUAAUUUUAAGAUGAUUUCAGCUAUUAUCUUUGCUCUUUUUCUCUACAAUCUCAACCAUGGCGCAUAUUGUUGCAUUGACUCAAAUGAAAAUGACGUCACUUUCAAGUAUGAUACAUCGAUGGCAAAGAAUGAAAUGAAAGUUGUGAUUAACACAAUAGCCGUAGGUAAUAACAUCCAUAACCUCGAAGAUGACACGCAAAAUUCAGAUGAAUUGGAGGCUGAGCUACUUCAAGAAGUUAAAAAGCUCUAUUCAGUCGAUGAUGUUCCCAAAGAAGCAACUGAAUGUUUUAAAAAGAUGGUCAAGCGAUUAAACUCACAAUAUAAAAGUUUUAGUUAUGAAAAUCUUGCUGUCAGGCGACUAAAAUAUUUCAAACGAUUUGCACAUGAUGUGCAGGAGGCGAUGGAAAAUCAAGAGGUACUAACGAACAAUGCGAAUGUAUGGAAAGUAGCAGCACAUAUCGUAAACAUGGAACCAACUAAAUCAAGUGAACUCAAAAGACACCAGAAAUUACUGAUUCUACUUUCGGAAACUAUAUACAAGUUAAAACUAUACAUUAACUUAAGAAAAACAAAAAAAGAUUUCAAAGAAAUUUGUGAAUUAUUAAAUAAACCACCACCUACUUUCUGGUAAUUUUUCAA